CGCCGCAGCUUCGGCGAUGUGAAGUUUUCAACACAAGUUCAGUGUGUUCUUCGCGUUCGGCUGACUGUUUUGUGUGUUUCGCCGUGCGGCGCUGAUGAACCGUCGUCAUCAGAAGUGAGGAAAGAGAAGAAGUAGGUACACAGGCAGCAGCCAGCCAGUUCAGGGCUCGGGCAAAGAAGCAGAGAAAGACUAGAAGCGCCGUUCUUUUUAAUGGCUGCCUGAAAAUUUUGACUAAAAUUGGUGUGAAAAAGUUCAUGAAUUGGUGAAGAAAUAUGUUUUGAACCGCUGAAAAGUUCUGGAAAAGUGUCAUUGUGAAUUGUGCGAUCGAAUCCAGCAAUUUUUCAACCUGAAGGUGGACCGUUUUGAGAUUUUCAUACCAACCGGGAUAGGAUGUGUUUGGCAUUGCAAUAAUUCGCUGCAUUCCUGCAAUGGAAAGUGCUAACGGCAAUCAUCCACCGACCGUCCCCGAUGGGGACAUUAAACCAGAUGGCGGUACCGGAGUUGGUCCUCCUCCUAUCACACCUGGUAUUCCUCCGAUGCACCCAUCCGGCUACCAGCAUUACGGUUAUGGAGGUCCACCGCCGCCCGCCAUGAUGGACCAUCAUGCUAAAGAUCCUUACUAUCAUCAUGCAGCGGCAUCUCGUCACUAUGAUCCGUACUCUAUGCAUGCACCUUAUCACUCGUAUCAGCAUCCUUACCACCAUCAAAGUCCCUACGGAAGUCAUUCUUACCAUCAUCAAACUCCAUCUGGGUACCCACCAGCGGGGGGCAUGAUUCCACCCGGUGGGCCACCUUCCUCCACUUACCCAGCAUAUCCGGGGCACACGUCGCAAAGCGCGAUUUCUCAUCAGAACACCCCCUCCUUGUUGGAUGGACCAUCGGGAAUAACUUCUCAAAAAUCACCCGAAAAACCAGGUCCCACCAAAAUAGAAUCCACGAAACCGAUUCGAGAUGAUAAAAAUAUGCUCAUCGGCCCUACUGCAUCCUCCACCGGACAUGAUGUCACUGAUAGCGCAUCGUCCGGAAUUCCUCCAAAACGCAAAAUAGAAAUCCUGGACAACGUAUUGAUCAAGAAGUCCAAACAGGAACUAGAAGCAGAAAAACAAGAAAAACAUCAGCAACCCACAAUCGAAGCUGCUAGCGCACCAGUGCAAUCGCCAUUACCCACAACAACAUCCACUGCAAACGAUUCCAACAAAUCGUCCUUUCAAAUAUCAAAUAUAUUAGAAGAUAAACCCAGUAAAAGUGAGUCAUCGCCAUUGCAAGAACCUCCCACGACCCCAAUCGAAGCUGCUCCAGUUGAACGACAACAACAACAACAACAACCAGAUCCUCCAUCCGAAGAAAAGCAACCAACAAGCCAGCAGCCCAUGGAAGAACCGGAUCCCCAUAUUGAAUCGGAAGAAAGCGAUCCCCUAGCGCUUCCAUCGAAAACGGAUGACCCCGACGAACCAUCCGCUCCGAAGCCUUCCUCUCCACCUCAACAGCAACAGCCAAUGGAUUUCGAUAUUUCUGAGAAGCUGAAAGAAAUGGGCGAGAUCAGUGUCAAACCGGUGUCUAAAUCGGACGCAACAAAUGCUAGUAAGGUGAAGGAUCUGGAAUGUACGGAGGAGAUUUCUUUGGAGAUCACCAAGAAGGAUGCCGCGAUGCGCAAGGUCACCAACAUGAGAAAAAACAUCAAAGAGGUGAUGGACGACAACCAGUUGGAUGCGUCGACUUUGGCCGCCCAGCGCCAAGAAUUGGAACGCUUGGCUAGGGUACAGGAGCAACAGCGAAUCAUCCGAGAAGUUCAAAGGCAGCUAGCUUUGGAACGACAAACCAAUAAGACCGAACAAAAAGUAAUGCAGUUCCUACAGGGUCACGCUUCUAUCCUCAAAACCCAACAACCGGGAACGUCAACACCAGUCAAGAUGGGUUACAUGAAGAAUCCAUUCGAAACGAGAGGACGGCCGCCGAAAGCCCGACCAAUCCAUGCUAAUUUAACACCAUCGGUCAGUAUCGCACCAGUGAAAUCGUCGGGAGCCACAUCCGCAUCAUCGUCUGGAUCUCUCUCGGGGCAGAUACCAUCAUUUCCAGCUAGAUCUUUCGACGACAUGAUGGACAGCGAUGAGGAUUUUGAUGAUGACGACGACGACGAUGAAGACAGUGAAGCUGAGUACAUACCAGCUCCCGAGAAGAAAGAAGUGGUGACAAUCGAUAGUUCUUCGGAUGAUGAUUGCAUAGUGCUGUCCGAUGACGAUGAAGAGCCAGAAGAUGAUUCAGACGACGAUCCCCACAAUAGCGGAAUGCACGUCAACGAUUCAUACAAUGUUCCGGACGACAAGGGCCGAGUGGUGAUCAACAUUGGCCAUACCGAAGGUGAAGAGGACAUUUUUCUGGCGCCGCAGAUUGCUCGGAUUAUCAAACCCCAUCAAAUCGGAGGAGUUCGGUUUCUAUUCGACAAUAUCAUAGAAUCAAUCGAGCGGUACGAUACUAGUACUGGUUUUGGGUGCAUCUUGGCACAUUCAAUGGGGCUAGGAAAGACCCUUCAGCUGGUUUGCUUCUGUGAUAUAUUUUUAAGGCAUACCAGCUCGAAAACGGUGCUUAUUAUAAUGCCGAUAAAUACGUUGCAGAAUUGGUUGAAUGAGUUCAACACGUGGCUACCGGAAGAUGGAGAAAAUAGUCCCUUGAAAAAUCAUGGAGAUGUGCGGUCCAGAAACUUCAAGAUUUUCAUUUUGAACGAUAGUCACAAAACUCUUAAAUCGAGAGCGAAGGUUGUUCUGGAGUGGGCUAAAAGUGGAGGAGUUUUGCUAAUAGGAUACGAAAUGUACAGACUAUUGAGCCAGAAAAAGAUGACCAAGAAGAAGAAGAAAAAAAAGAAUGAGCCAUCUCCAGCAGAGGAAGAGAAAGAAUCUACGGAGGAUCAGAAAAACAUGUUCGAUGAGAUACAUGAGGCGUUGGUAAAGCCGGGCCCGGACUUGGUGGUUUGUGACGAAGGUCAUCGCAUCAAGAAUUCUCACGCCGGAAUUUCGGUCGCAUUAAAGCAAAUUAAAUCCAAAAGAAGGAUUGUUCUCACGGGAUAUCCCUUACAGAACAAUCUGCUAGAGUAUUGGUGCAUGGUGGAUUUCGUUCGUCCUAACUAUCUUGGAACGAAGACAGAAUUCAGCAAUAUGUUUGAAAGGCCCAUCCAGAAUGGUCAAUGUAUUGAUUCAACCCCACAGGAUAUUAAGCUGAUGCGUUACAGAGCUCAUGUCCUGCACUCAUUGCUGUUGGGUUUUGUCCAAAGGCGAUCUCAUGCAGUACUUCAGACUUCUCUACCACAGAAAGAAGAGUUUGUUUUGCUUAUCCGGAUGACUGAAUUCCAAAGGAAGUUGUACACGGUGUUCAUGAAUGAAGUGGUGCGAACCAAAGCUGUACCAAAUCCGUUGAAAGCUUUUGCAGUUUGUUGCAAAAUUUGGAACCACCCAGAUGUGUUGUACAACUUUUUGAAACAAAGCGAGCGUGACUUGGACUUGGAAAUCGAAGAAGCGGAACCUGCUCCAGUGAUUAAAGGCGGUAAAACUGUAGUUACUCCUCCACCUGAACCCCCAGCGCCAAAACCUGCACCAGUGAAAGAGAAGAAACCGGAAAAGGAGAAAAAGAAACCCGGUAAGAAACCAGCAGCUCCAAAACCCCCGAAACCGCUAGCUUUGAAAAAAGAUGGAACUCCUCGCAAACCUAGGACUACCAAGAAGCAACAGCAGGCUCUUAAGAGUCAACAAGCUGUUGGAAAAGAUGGAAAAUUGGUUCCUGCUGCAACAGUCAGUCCAAAUACGCUAAACAAAGAUCCAAAUGCUCCUUCGGAAACGCCGCUUCAACCUCCUGCAACAACUCCGAUGGAUCCAGCAGCUGUUAAACAAGAGUACCCCGCUCAAAAUAAUUAUCCCAAUCAGCAACUUCCGGCUCCUCAGCAGCAACAACCACAGCAAGAAAUGUAUCCUGGAUAUCAAAACCAAACAUACAAUCAGCAAGCUCCUCCGCCAGCUUCUGCGCCAUAUAAUUACAAUCAACCCAACUACAAUCAAGAUCCAAACGCGUAUAACAAUUACAACAAUCAAUACAAUUCUAACGACCCUUACAAUAACAGCAACUACGGUAACAACUACUACGGUCGCAAUGAUUAUAACUACAACCAGGGCUACGGAUACGGUUAUGAUCAAAACUACCAGAAUAACUACAACAACCCUAAUAACUAUCAAAAUAACUACUGGGGUAAUAACAAUUACUACCAGCAACAACAGCAGCAACCUCCGCAGAACAAUUCAUACAACAAUGGCUAUUACGGCAACACCAACCAGUAUGGUUAUCCAGAUCAACAACAACAACAACAGCAGCAACAACCAGCAUACAACCAGUACGAGCAAAAAUGGGAUCCCAACCAAGCGCCAGCUCCCUCAAUGCCAGAUCCAAACCAAGGUGCUUAUCCGCCAAACCCUCAGGAUACUGUUGGUCCUCCUCUGCCAAUGGACCCGGCACUAACGCAACAGCAGGCCAACGCCCAGUAUGCGGAUCAACCAUCGCUGGAAGACUUGAAAGAUCCAGUCAAACCGGUCGAGGACAAAGACGAAAAGCCCACCGAAAUAGUCGACAUGGACACGAAGAUCAUCACCAAGGUGGAAGAGGAUGUGAAGCCGCCGCUGGCGGUAGAGAUAAAAGAGGAAGUAAAAACGGAAAUCAAGCAAGAACCCGAAGAAGUAAAUGGAGUAGGCGAAAUGGUGGACGAAAAACCAGUUGUCGUAAAAACAGAGGUGAAAGAAGAAAUUAAAAGUGAAGAUGGAGUAAAAAUAGAAACAUCCGAAGCAGAAGUGAAGAAGGAAGUGGAAGAAAUUAUAAAGCAGGAGAAAAAAGAUGACAGUGAUGGCGAGAAAAAAGCUGAUAAAACGAAAGAGAUCAAUGAAGAAAAGCUGAAAGAUGAACUGCUUAAAAUUGAGGAUGAGUUCAAGGGAAAGGAGUCGAAAGAUGGUGGAAAGGAUGGUAAGACGAAGGACAAGGAUAAGGACAAAGACAAAGACGAGAUUCCCUACGAAUGGGCUUUCGAGCUGAUGAAGGGAUAUGUGCCGGAUCUGUUGGAGAGUUCACCGAAGAUGGAAAUCUUCUUCUAUAUUCUGGAGGAGAGCAUCAAACUGGGCGACCGGAUGUUGGUCUUCAGCCAGAGCUUGCUAACAUUGAAUUUGAUCGAGCGGUUCCUACAGCGGAACAAAAUUCCCGGUACUGAGAACAACUGGGCUAAAAAUGCGAGCUACUACCGUUUGGACGGUUCGACGACCGCGCAGGAGCGCGAGAAGCUGAUCAACGAGUUCAACUCGAACCCGAACAUUCAUCUGUUCCUGGUGUCGACCCGCGCUGGUUCGUUGGGUAUCAACCUGGUCGGUGCAAAUCGGGUGGUAGUUUUCGACGCCAGCUGGAAUCCCUGCCACGACACGCAGGCCGUUUGUCGUGUUUACCGCUACGGGCAGAAGAAACCAUGCUUCGUCUAUCGCCUGGUGGUGGACAACUGUUUGGAAAAGAUCUACGAUCGUCAGAUCAACAAGCAAGGUAUGAGUGACCGCAUCGUGGACGAGUGCAAUCCCGAUGCGCAUCUUUCGAUGAAGGAAGUGACCAGUUUGUGCUACGAUGAUGGUGAAGAUGGAGAGAUCAAGGACUUCAGUGAAGAUAAGGAUAAGUUUAUCGAUGUGGUUAUGCAGAAUUUGUUGGAUCUAUAUUCGAAGCAGCUUACAAAAUCGCCAUUUGCUCACGAAAGUUUGUUAAUCGAUCGAAAGGAAAAGAAGUUGUCUUCGGCGGAGAAGAGACAGGCUCAGCGGGGUUAUGAGCUUGAGAAACAAGCCGCUACGAAGCCAAGUUAUUCGUACACAUCGAUGGGAACGACGUACAGGGCAAUCCGAACCCCGGAUGGGUCAAUUAUUCAUCGGCCUGUUGCUUCGGUACGACCCAUGCAGGCUGGUGAUUCCGGGAAGAAUUCUCUUGGAGGCAGCAGACCGACCAGAUGGAUACCGGCUGAAGUUUGGCAACGACAGGGAAUGACAGCUCAGGAAAUGACUCUUCCUAUUGAUGUGGUGAUUCCAACUAGCUCUGCUGACAAAUCCAAUAUUGUUCUGAAGGCUGGACAAAAGGUUAUGGUAUUGAAAUCACCCAAAGGCAUCUAUAUGCAAUUGGAAACUGGAAAAAUCAUUGCCAUAAGGACUGCUUUCAAGGUCGGUCAGGGUAAAGAUGCUAGCAAAGGAGGAGCUAGUGUAAUGGCAGGACGAAGGCCGAGUGCUGCAUCGACAGCGACAAAAGCUUCCCCUGGGGGUGCUUCAAAAGAGGAAGGAAAUUCGCUUAGCAUACCGUCCAACUCGGAUGACGAAGAUAAGUCCGAUUCCAGUAUUGUUCCUCUUGACCCUGAUGACAAGGACGGAAUGCACGUUGAUGAUUAUCCUGAGAAAGGGGAAAUCUUGGAUUGUGAGUUGAAGAGUGAUGAACUGGAAGAGGGUGAAAUAAGAGAUGGAUUGGUUGGUGGCAAGGGCGGUACUGUUUCUCUUUUGAACGUUGCUGCAUACACAAAUGUGUCGUCAGGAUCAUCUAAAGAUAAAAGCUCAAAAUUUCCGAUGAUUCAAUCGGCAUACUCACUAGCACCACAAGCCCAAGAUAGUCAUGGCAAAAAUUUCCAACAGACUGAUAGCCACUCUCAUGUUCCUAAACAAAAACGGCAGCAAACGCCACCUGCUACCGUUGCAAUAGAAAAUGAAAUAUCACCUUUGAGGGAGAAAGUCGUGUAUAAGCCAAACCUUGUAGAAAGGAAAUCUAAAGUCCCUCAAUCUUCCCUUAAAAAUUAUAGGCACAAGGCAGGCAAAGCUUCAGAAUCUGCAGCGAGUAAAACAAAUGCGACAAAGCAAAACACUCAUGCUGCACCUGCUGCAACGACGAAUCCUCAAAUGGAUCCUCAAGCAAUCAGUGAUGUUCCAUCCCCACAGAUACCGGCAUCACCGGCAGGUUCAGACCAUUCGCAGCCCUAUCCCCCAAUGGUUCCUCAGGUGCCGCCUACUCAGCAACAACUUCCUCAACAAACAGCAACCCAUCCCCAACACCAGCAUCAUUACCCACAAUCUUCCGCCUAUCCUCCUCAGCCUCAUCAGCAAUCACCGUAUGGCGUGCCAAACUCUUCUACUACAAACAGAAAGAGUCCUAUACUGCAUCAGCCGCAACACAUGCAUUCAUCUUCCUACGGAUCGCAUAAGCACCAACAACAAUCAUCACAACCAUCUACAUGGAAUCCUUAUACCAGUAAUAACUCUUCUAGCUACUACGGUCCACAACCCCAUGGUCCUCCCCCACCGCCGCCAUCGCAGUAUGAAUCGAGUCUCAACUUCUUAGAAAAAACCACCUCUGCCAUAAUCAAUAACCAAAACCAGAGUGAGUUCCAAACUUCUCUUAGCAACAUAACACGUUCGCCAACGCCCACCGACAACUUCAUGGAAUUCCAACCUAAAGUUGCUCCCGCUGGGAAGAAAUCCGCAGCCAAAAAACCACCCAAGCAACCCAAAAACGACUACAACGCUGCCAAGAAGGCAUUGAACAAACGCAACAAUCCAUCCCCUUAUCUCCCGGUGUCAUGUUCUUCGGCGUCUUCAUCUCCGUCGCCGUCGCCUGCCGUCAUGAACCACAGUCAAAACAGCAACAGCAGUUCGCUCAGCGGAACACCUACUCCAGUGCCCCAGCAGCCCCCGCAGCAACAGCCAAAUUCAGCCUCUACACCGGCACCAUAUCCGGGAUAUCCGCCGGUGUCCAGUGGAAGUGCCGCAGGCUAUUACGAUCAGUAUUCCCAGCAGCAACCGAUGCAUCAAUCACCAACAGAUGCUUCGCCAGCCCUACCAGCUGGACCCAACCUGUACGAUGGACACGGCUCUCCGAUGAAUCCACAACAGCAGCAGCCGUAUGGAGGCGCAGCAGUGCCAGCGUCAACGGUCUACAGUGGUUCAUCGUACACAUCUAGCAACAGCACAAACUCAUCUGUGAAUCGUUCAAACUACUACCAAUCGCCGCCGACAUCCGUGUCAACCGCUAAUACCGUUAUGUCCUCAUCGACGGUUCCAACUGAUUCAUCUAGUUAUUACCAUCAGCAGCAGCAAUCAACAACAGCACAACAACCUCAGCCCAGCCAGGUAAGAAGUCAUUCCCGUGGUUCCUCAUCCCACGGUUACGCGCCUCCACCGGUCCCUUCGGCACAUCAACCGAACCAGCAGCAGCAAAACUAUCAGACACCUCCCGUGGCCACAGCCAAUCCCGCUGAUGCGACUUCGAGCUACCAACAUCUACAAUCAUCUGCCAGCCCCUCCACUUUUACUCCUUAUUCUUCGUAUAACAGCACUGCUCCGAGCAGUGCACCAGCCACCACACAAGCAGUUAGCUCUAAUGGUUCCGCUUUCCAUCGUCCGGAGAGUGCUGCUCCUGUAGGCAAUGCGGCCGGUUCCGCUGCCGGCAGUUUCGAAAGUCCUCCGACUUACAUCCCCGACAACGGCGCCAAUCCCUAUCAGUAUCCCUACCAGGCGCAGGGAUACCAAACCCAAGGCUAUUACCCUCCUCCUGCGUAUCCUUACUAUCCGGCGGCGGGGGCUCCGUACUCUGCCGGAGAUCCCCAGUACCAUUCAUAUCCACCGCCGCCACCUCCCUCGAACUACAACUAUCCUCCGUAUCCUAGUCAACCUGGCGUCGGUCAGUGGCAGUAAUUGCGUGCUGGUAAAUUAAGACGAUGGUUUAAGUAGAAUCUACUGUAGAAGUAUAUUCUUGUAGGUAUUAAUAUCUGUUGAUAAUGCUCUCUGCAAUAUCGUCUGGAUGCUUCCUGUUCCUUUAAGUUAUUAUGAAUGCCAAUAUAAUAUAAAAUGUUUACUAAGUAAAACAUCAAGAAGUAAAGUAUGAUAGGUAAAAAUUGUAGAUAUGCAGCUGAAUGUGUAUGAUGCUCUCUAUUUUUGUAUACAAGUUUUCAAGCGAAUUAUUUUUUUUAAAUUUUUUUUAUAGAGACUUAUUUUUAUGCUUUCUUUAUAAAUAAACCAUACGUUCCUAUACUGAAAACAAGCAUUGAAAAUUGCUAUGAUAGAGAGAAAAAUCAACUAUAAAAUUAUUAUCGUCGAAGGCUUAAUGAUGGCAGUAGCUAUAAAUUAGCGGUUGAUAAAACAAUAUUUGUCAAUGAAUACAUUUAGACAAUUUUCUAAAUUGAACCUUAUAGUGUAAAAAUAUUUUACGAACUAGUUUUCCGUAUUUCGCAAAACAAAAGAAAAUAUUUAUGAUUUUCGGUUCGUUGAUAUUGACCUUCUAAUUUGCUAACUUGAAUUGAUAGAUUUGAAGAAUAAAAAUUAGUGGAAGUUGCGUCUUUCGCAUGAUUUUUAUCUAUGGUUUUCUUUUGUGCUCAAUUUUGUCCAGAAAAUAGUUUUUAUAUCAAUAAUCGAGUUUGAAACAUGACAAUAAUAGGAAAGGCCCUUCUCAAGCCGCAUUCUUCCUAUCAGAAUCAUGUUCUCAAUCUUUUAAAUAAUGAUCGCAAGUCCAUUUGCAAAAUUUGCUAUGUUGGUUAUUUUUGUGUUAAAUUUAGACAAAUAUUUUAUAUUUCGUGUAGAUUGCGAUCGCAAAUGCAACAUUGAUCAGGUUUGAAUUUCUGAUCCAUUCAUUGUGAUUCGUUGUUGAGCUACGAUUAUAUCAGAAAAAAUCUUCCACGUGCUUUGAAUAAAAUGGUCGACAUCUUGAAACGAAACUUUUUCUAAAACAAUAUCUGUGUUGGAAGCAUUCAAAAAUCUAUGUUUUGCUCAAUUAGAUAGGUGUCGAUUAAAGCAACAGCCCGUUCCAUAUUAUAAACAAUUUCUUCUAUAUCCGCGAGAUUGUCUCUGCAACGAAAAAUCUAUCGUAGUUUGGUUGGAAAAUUCGAUCAACUAAAAUUGGAACAUGAAUUAAUCAGUUUUUGUCUUGCAUUAUUCGUUAUCCUACGAUUCUCAUAUUUCAGUGAUAUUUUGAAAAAUAUAAAAAGAUAAUGCAUGGAAAUUUUCCUGCAUAAAACAGUGCAAUCUAUUUUUGUUGAUUUUCUGUAUGUAAAUUUUAUGUAAAGCUGUUUAUUUUUUCGAUAGAUAUUUAUAUGUAAAGAAGCCAACAUAGAUGUUGUGCUAGAUACUGGCACAAUAAAUAAACAAAUUGAUAAAAGAAUAGAUGAAGAUGAAUACGCUAUUUGUCAACCUAUAGAAACAAAAAAAAAAAUCAUUCAAGAACAAACAAAUCGGUAAUGCUUCAAAGUAGUGUUUCAAACAAACGAACUAAAAACUAUUCCUAAUCGAAUUAUAAUAAUACCGAUAAUAGCCAAACAGCAAUGAGUGUUUUAUCAAGUAGCAUCAUUUUAUCUACGAUCGUAACGUAACAUAUUGACAAAAAAACAGCCGAUGUUAAGAAACUUGCAAUACAUUAUUAUUUAUGAUCAAUCCUCCAACAAACCCAAUUUGCACGCUGCCCUGAAACGGCAUUAUCAGCAAUGCAUUUAACAGCUAUUCAAGUCGUUUGUAGAAUCUAAACCACCUAGUUAUAGUAGGAAUUGCUGAAUGUUCGCGUUACAGAUCAAACUUUUGUCAUUUUUUAUACCAGUCAAAACAGAUUUGCAACAAAAUUAGUACACGUAAAAUCAGGACAGUUCACAUUUUCAGCAUUAUUACCAUAAGCUUUCUAAGGAGAUUAACGAUUUAUAAAACAUUUGUUUGCGCUAUUGUUAAUUCCUUGUAAGCUUAUGACUUCUUCUUCAUAUCGAUAACUGUUAAUUUGCUUUUACAGAAUGAUUUGUUUGUAUGAUAAAUAGCUCUUUUGUUCAUGAAUCAUAAUCAAUUGAUCAUGCGAUCAACGUGCUGGAGAACAGUAUUACACUUCCAAAUUGUAAAAAAAUAGGUUUUGUACAAAACAGGCGAGGAUCUGGAAUCUGAGACUACCAGUACAAAUCGAUUAGAUUUGUGUAUCAAUAACUCGCAACCGCUUCGUUUGAAGGUAAUUUGUUCUGGGAACAUAUUCUGUAUAGGUUUUGUUAAAAAAUGAGUUGAAAUUUUCUUCCACUACUAUUGCGUUAUCGAUCUGGAUUCGAGUAAUUUUAUAAUUUUUAGUACAAUAGAUAUGUAUUCAAUGUUUAGCAAGCGUAUAAAUCGUGUAAUGGAUUGUUCUGCGAGAAGAAUGAAGCAUGUAAGAAGGAUAAGUCCCGUCAUGCGUAUUACGUGGGAUUUAUGCAGGACUGUGUAUGAUAAUUUUAAUCAAUGCGGUAUAAAUUAACUGAUAUUGACUAUGAAAAUACUGAAAACAAUACUAGCGUAAUGUAUGAAUCAUAAUACAAAGUAUUUGAAAAAUUAA